CCGCCCGGCUCUCGCCGCCGCCGCCCCCCCGCUCUCCCGCUUCGCCUCACGGCUUUCCCGCCCUCCGCCGCCGCCUCAGCGCGGGGGGCUGAGGGAGCGGCCCCUUGCUCGUGGUAACGGGGCUGCGGGCACCGGCACCCGCCCCGGGGAUCCCCCCAGGCCCCCAGCGGGACCCGCUCGGCUUUGGGAGCCACGCCGUGGCAUCUCCACGGGCUUCAGCUGUGGCGUGGUUCGAUGGUCCCUGCCGCUCGCUUGCGGACCCGGGCAAUUAAAGGACAGCCCAGGGAUCGGUGCCUGCACAGGCAGUGCCACUCUGGGGUUCAGUCCAGUAAAAGCAGUGAUUUAUACCUGCCGACUGAGAGCGGUGUGUAUUGCAAUGGGAUGGCCGUAAAGCCAAAGUGUGCUUUCCUGAGGACUAAAUGGCGAGCAAAUGGACUGUGUGAAGCACUGGGUUUGAUUGUUUAAGAGAAGGGGCUGUGCUGAGGAUACCCCACAGGAAUCUGUCGGAUAUCUCUGUCAUCCCGAACUCUUCCCUGAUAUGGAACAAAGUGAAGGUGACCAGGAAUCCCAGGCAGAGAGUCAUGUGGAGAGCAAGAGCAGCGUGAAAUCCUUGCCUGGGGGAACAGCCCAUGUCAAACUAGAGAUAAAAAAACAUGCAGUUACAGACGACUACAAACUCUCCAAACGCGUGCUAGGGUUAGGAAUCAAUGGCAAAGUACUGGAAUGUUUCAACAAGGAGACAGGUCAGAAAUGUGCUUUGAAGCUCCUGUACGACAACCCCAAGGCCCGGCAGGAGGUGGAGUAUCACUGGCGGGCCUCGGGGUGUCCCCACAUUGUCCAUGUGCUGGAUGUGUAUGAGAAUAUCCAUCAUGGGAAGAGGUGUCUGCUCAUUGUCAUGGAAUGCAUGGAGGGAGGAGAGCUGUUUAGCAGAAUCCAGGAGAGAGGAGACCAAGCUUUCACUGAGAGAGAGGCCUCCGAAAUAAUGAGAGACAUCGGGACAGCCAUCCAGUACCUGCACUCCAUGAACAUCGCCCACAGAGACGUCAAGCCUGAAAACCUGCUUUACACCUCUAAAGACAAAGAUACUGUGCUCAAACUCACAGACUUCGGCUUUGCCAAAGAAACCACUGUGAAUGCACUGCAGACCCCCUGUUACACUCCUUAUUAUGUGGCCCCAGAAGUCCUUGGUCCUGAGAAGUAUGACAAAUCAUGUGACAUGUGGUCAUUGGGUGUCAUCACAUAUAUCCUCCUGUGUGGGUUCCCUCCAUUCUACUCAAACACCGGCCAAGCCAUUUCCCCAGGGAUGAAGAGAAGAAUCAGGAUGGGGCAGUAUGGAUUUCCCAAUCCAGAGUGGGCUGAAGUGUCAGAGGAAGCCAAACAACUCAUUCGCCAUUUACUGAAGACUGACCCAACAGAGAGGAUGACAGUCUCUCAGUUUAUGAAUCACCCUUGGAUUAAUAGAUCAAUGUCAGUGCCACCAACUCCUCUUCACACUGCACGGGUCCUGCAAGAGGAUAAAGACCAUUGGGAUGAAGUUAAAGAGGAGAUGACCAGUGCUCUGGCUACCAUGAGGGUGGACUAUGAUCAGGUGAAAAUCAAAGACUUGAAAACGUCCAACAACCGCCUCCUGAACAAGCGGCGCAAGAAGCAGAAGCAGGCGGGCGCCUCCUCUGCCGCCCCCGGCUGCAACAACCAGUGAGGGCAGAAGCCAAGGACUGGGGCUGAAGAGGGAAACUUAAACACAGCAAUUUAAAAUCACAUGAGCACCUCGGUCCACACCACAAAGGCAAUGAGAUCGGGAAGACGCUGUCCUGCAAAGAGGGAACAGUGUGAUAACGUUUCGGUAACUUGAAUCAGGGCUUUGCUUUUGAAGACUAAUGGAUCUGACAUGAUUCUGUUGCAUAUUGCAAGGGAAGGUACAGUAAUGCCAGAAAUGUUACAGGGUUUUGGUUUGGCUUUAACUGUUUAGGACAAGAGGAGAGAACAGGAGGCAGUCUCAGAUCCUAGUGCACUGAGGCUUUAACAGCCAUCUACAAGAGUAACUUCUGCUGCUGUUUUAAUCUGGGGAAUAGAAAAGUGCCAAGUGUUCUGCUAAGAGUGUUGUAGUAGUUUAGUAGAAUUGGUAAUAGUCUCUAUUUCCAAACUUACCUCCUCUAGUUACAGAAUAUCACCUCAACUGUAAACAGUUGUUCUUCUUACAGGAAAAAGCAUCCAUACAUUUCCAUUUCCAUAAAGUCUUUGUGUAGUCUCAUGUGAAGAUCUGAGUUUGUCGUGGAUUCUCAUUUGAUAACAUGUAAAUUUUCUGAGCUGUAGCCUCUAUUAUGUGUCUUUGCCACUGUCAGACACCUCUCUUGUAACAUUUUCAAUUUAACUGGUACUUUAUGUGAAGAGUUUCAGGAAGGAUUUAAGUAUCCUGCAGAGAAUAUUGCUGUUCCCCUUGGAUCCACAACCUCCAGGGUGUGCAGCUGGACAUGCAAGGGAUUGCUUUAGAAGUGAGACUUCUGAAAUUUGGGAAGAAGUGGCAAAUGCAUGUUCUCUGAACCCUUCUGGUAAUUAUCUCCAGAUCCUGUGCCUAAGAUAUGCUGAUUACAGCAAAUUGUGGGGUGUUGGGUUUGGUUUGUUUCCUGGGGGCAGAAAGGGGAGGAUGCUGCUUUAUUUAUGGUGAUUUGAUGGUGUUCCAGAAUCCAAAGAUUUUCACCACUUAAGGAAGAUUACUUUAAGUACAUCCACCCAUUGUUUUUUUCCUAUUUUAGUUCUUCUUAUAUCAUGGGAACCUGGCCUUGGUUUGCUGGCAUGUUUAUUUUGUGAUCAAAAUAUUUUCUCUCAGUGUAUUUUGGGGUUUGGCUUUAUUUUUAGUUUAGGUGAAGCAAAUAUUUGUGAAAGUGUUAUCAGAUUCUGGGAUGAAAAUUAUGUGCUUCCAGUGAUGCAGGCAAAUACACCUUUGUGGUAGGCACACAGGUGUGUUAAUAGGCUUGGAAGAAUGUAAAACGACAAAAAGGAAACCAGAGUGGAUCUGAAUUGUUACAUCAGAGUGAGACAGCAAAGCUCAGCUCGAGGCUUUGGACCUCAGCUGGGGGAGCCCAGUUCCCAUCUACAGAGUGCUGAAUGAGACCUCAAUUCUCCUUUGUGAACUGGUCCUAGGGGUUUGUAACAUGAUUUAUUAAAAUCAGUUUUUAACAUUC